CAGCUUCCGCGCCCUCCACAGCUUCCUGAACACAUCCAUCCUGGCUGCGGCCUCUAGCCUCAUGGAGGACCCGGGGCUCUGGGUCGGACCGGUCGCAACUCAGCAGGACCGGGUGUGAGAGCCACAGACCGGCCGGUUGGAGAGUCUCAAAGCACCGCCGACCGUAGAGAGCCGGAGGAGGAAGAGGGAAGCAGUCUCUUGGAGCUGUGUGGACGGAAAACCGGGACCUGUGUCUGUGCCUCUGCAAGCACAGCAGCAUCAUGAGUGGAAACGCAGAGGGGGCUUUCCUCUCUCUGCCAAGGGAGUGAGGAGGGAAUCAGAAAAGAAGACGGGGACAAAAUAGAAGAAGGAAGAAGAGAGAAGGAAAAGCAGCAGAGGAAGACAGGGAAAAGAAAAAGGAGAAAAGGGAAGCACCAAACUUUUCUCUAAAGGGUCUUUUCCCCUCAUAACGAGACUCUUGUCGAGUCAAAGCACCCGGCUAUGAGGCUGUGAAUCCUUCUUCCUUCCUCUUACAAAGCUCUUCUUUAUUACGUGACCCUAUGUAUCCCAAAGUUGGACCCCCCGCUCAAAGCACAGGCACCCAUCUCUGGAUGCUUCUAUGCCCCCUGCUCUGUGCUCUGGUCCAGGCAAGGGGCGUCACUCUGAGCCCCGAGGACUUGCAGAGCACCGUUAGCGAGUCGCUGCCGGAGGACUGGACCGGCACGAUAAUCCAGCUGCAGCCAGGCUUGCAGACUGAAACCCAGAUGCCAACGGAAGUCCAGACAGAGACUCUGCCAACUCAGAGCACUACCAGCAACUACACAGGUUUUUCCUGUAUCCCGGUCCUGCCGCCACAUCGGGGUUCCUUCUACGUCGAGAGUGGCACAGGCGUGUCCAUUGGCAGCGUGUUGGCCUUCUGGUGCAGGGAGGGAUACCAGCUGGUCGGCAGCGAUAAGAUCUACUGCAACGUCAGGAACGGCAAAGCGCAGUGGAGCAACUACCUGCCUGUCUGCGAAGCGAUCCCCAGGCCUGAGGACCGUGGUCUGAGAGUGGCUGUGUUGGCUUCAGUGGUGAGUGGCGUUGUCAUCCUCGCCAUGUCCCUGUCCUUCCUCAUCUGCUGCCUGCAGGAACGAUCCAGUCGGGGCCGAGCCAAGAAAGAGGGACAGAGCAGUUGUCUCCUCCUCAGACGCAGAGACAAACGCUCGUCCCGUCGCAGCGAGUGUUGGCUGGAGAGAGAAGACGGUGAAUGGGAAGCUUUUCCUCCUCCCAAAAUCUUCCAUCUCUCCCAGAGGAUGAACCCCCAUCUGGCUCCAGACAGCCCCCUGUACCUGACUGGAGGGCUGGGUGGAUAUGAGAACAGAGGUUACCAGAGGAGUCAGGAGAGUUUGCUGAAGGCCUCCCUGCCCGGACUCUACCGCUCUGAGUCUCAGCUUUACCCGCAUGUGGUCCUGCAAAGGGUCCCAACUCCGACGGCCCCCUCCGCCCCUCUCGCUCCAUCCGCCCCCCUCUACCUCCACCUCCCCUCUUCCUCUGCCUCCACCCCCGCCCACACAGCUGCCCACGCUCAGCCUCACAUCAUGGCGCAGUAUCCUACCCCGACGUACCCACCCCACCCCAACACGGCUGUGCCCGCCUACCACCCAACACCGGCGCCUAUCUACCCUAAUCCUAACCCAGUACCACAGCGACCAUGGCAGUAGUGUGUCGUCCAUACUUUUGAGGCGCUGUGCCAUCCCUGCUGAAUAAGUUAAAGGGACUGCUUCACAGACAGGUUUUGGAGACACAUGGAGUUUUGCUCAUCUCUGUUUUCUCCCACCAAAAGGCUGCAGAUGCAAAGUUCCAAAGGAAGAAAAAGUGUCCAACUGGAGAUGCAGCCAGUGUAGAAGCGUCUUCUUUUACUGCAUGCUUGCUGAACUUCUGCAUUGGACUAAACAGGAACUGAACACAUUUUCUUGUCCAUAAUUCUUGCUGAACGGCUGCUGCUGCUGCUACGCUCUGCAAGAGGAGUGGGAUAACUUUAGCUUUCUUUAAACCGUCAGAAAAUACAAGAAAGCUUCAAGUAGCCGGUCGACAAGGGAACAUAGGAAGUUUUACUUUGAGGUGUGCUCAUUCGGUUCAACCGUUGUUUGAAGGAUCUGAAGCAUCAUCAAGGACUCUGUCAUGACUGUCAAAUCUCUCAGCAGUGUUAGUUUUAGUUGUUUUUUAAUUGCUUAUUGUAAAGAAAAAAGAUCCCUAUCCGCCUUCCUGAGGUCCACAUAAUAUAACAUAAUCUAAUCUAGACAGAUAUAUAUAUAUAUAUAUAUAUAUAUAUAUAUAUA